UACACCUCCUUUUGGAGUUUUAUUAGCUCAUUCGUUUCUCUGCAGCCUAUUUCCGUCGUCCAUUGACAGCUGGGCCAUCCCAACCCCCCACCCCCUCACCAGCGAGCUCCUCCUUGCUGCGUGCAUCGUGAUCUCGUGGAUGCAGAGUCUUGCAGAGAACGCAGGGUCACCUUCUGUUCCCGCAAAAAGGGGAAACACGGUCUAAAUUUGCUGCAGAGGCUGUCGGGCGCCGCAGCACCACAAGCAGCGUCUUUGUGCAUGAGGAACCCAGCUCUGCUGCAGAGGACAGGUUUAGUCUUUAGAGAGCUUUGCCACAUCCGGGAAAAUGUCUGGCUCCUACGAUGAAUCCGCAGGUGCUGACGACACCAUGGACAGCUUCUGGGAGGUGGGGAACUACAAACGUGCUGUCAAGAGAUUUGACGACGGCCACCGGCUUUGCAAUGACCUCAUGGGCUGUCUGCAAGAACGUGCCAAGAUAGAGAAAGCCUAUGGUGAUCAGUUAACUGCAUGGUCCAAGAGGUGGAGACAACUCAUUGAGAAAGGUCCGCAAUACGGCACUGUGGAGAGAGCCUGGCUGGGUGUGAUGACCGAGGCAGAGAAAGUAAGCGAGCUGCACCAAGAUGUGAAGAACAACCUGCUGAAUGAGGACGUGGAGAAAGUGAAGAACUGGCAGAAGGAGGCGUAUCACAAGCAGAUGAUCGGAGGCUUCAAAGAGGCCAAGGAGGCUGAGGAAGGCUUCAAAAAGGCUCAGAAACCAUGGGCCAAAAAGCUCAAGGAGAUGGAGGCGGCAAAGAAAACAUACCAUAUGGCCUGCAAGGAGGAGAAGCUGGCUGCAGCCAGAGAGGCCAAUGGUAAGACCGAGGCCUCUGUCACGCCAGACCAGCAGAAGAAACUUCACGAGAAAGUGGACAAAUGCAAACAGGAUGCACAGAAGGCUAAAGAGAAGUACGAGAAGUCUUUGGACGAGCUGAAUAAGUGCACUCCUCAGUAUAUGGAGUGCAUGGAGCAGGUGUUUGACCAGUGCCAGCAGCAUGAGGUCAGGAGGCUGACCUUCCUCAAGGAGGCCUUGCUGGACAUCAAACGCCACCUAAACCUCACCGAGAACCAAAGCUAUGCCACAAUAUACAGAGAGCUGGAGCGCACAAUUCUGUCUGCAAACACACAAGAGGACCUGAAGUGGUUCAGCAACAACCAUGGCCCAGGGAUGCCCAUGAACUGGCCUGCAUUUGAGGAGUACAACCCAGAUCAAGCUGCUGCUCCUCCAAAGAAGAAGAGACCAGACGGAGCCCCUCCCACUCCGAGCACUGAUCACGUGGCGCCACCUGGUGACCGAAGCAGUGUAAGCAGCUAUGACAAGAACCAAGCCUAUUCGGCUGAGUGGUCAGAUGACGAGCAGCCCACAACAUUCUCAGGCAACGAGAACGGUGGAAACAGGAACUCCUUCGAAGACGAUUCCAGCACUGGGAAAGGGGUCCGUGUCCGUGCCCUUUAUGACUACGAGGGCCAGGAACAGGACGAGCUGACCUUUAAAGCAGGUGACGAGCUGAUCAAGAUCGAAGACGAAGACGAGCAAGGCUGGUGUAGAGGUCGUUUAGACAGCGGCCAAGAGGGACUGUACCCAGCCAAUUAUGUUGAGCCUAUCUAGUCCCCGUAACUGGACAAAGACAUGCCGCUGGAGGCAGCUUGAACUGUCCCGUCCAACUGCACCGCACAUAGCCAGAGACUUGAGCAACACAUCCCUUGCCCAACAGAAGCGCCAAGCAGACUUGCCUAAAUAAAACUUAGUAAGCUAAAAGACACUGUACCCAUAUAAAUAUUUUAUCCAGCAUCUGGGGUGGGUGGACCUACACGUUCAACAGCAGUAGUUAUAUCAGUGUAAACGCACUCAGCUUUAUGAUCAAGACCGUGCAGGGACACACUGUUUCUCUGUGUAGCUGUUUUAUUAGAUAAUGCAGCUUGUUAUAUCUCACAGUGUGCUGCAGUGUGUUCUCUUGUGGAAAAGGGAAGAUAAUAUAAUCAGUUUUACCCGUCUAACAAAGAAGAGCUUCUCUAACCUGCGUUGUAUAUAUACAGUGUGAUGCCAUUUUGUGUAGUAUUGUUAAUGCUGUGUAUGUCAUUCUUAAACCAGGAAUGCCGCGUAGUGUUAAAAGUACCACAAGCCGUAUCCUCUUUAAUUUUUAUUUUAUUUUUAUUUAAUUCUUCAUUUUUCUUUGCAGUUUGGUCCACCAUCUUUGCCGGUGUGUGCAGUGCUAUGUGUUUUGAACCCUUUCUCAACUUGCAUAGCAGCAUGUGCUAUGCAAAGACUUUGCAUUUCCUUGAAUCCUGCAGCCUUGUUUGAGCUCCAACUCGAUGCAACACUUCAACUACAAAUGCAGUAUCACAUGCGUCUGGACAUAUGUGCAUGCUUGUGGUUUCGCAAGCAAAAAAAAAGAAAGUUUCUCAAUGAACCAACUUUGUUUUUGUUUGAUGUUUUGCAUUCAAUGUGUGUGUCAUCCUCAGCACUGUAAAUCCUUUGACGGCAUCAUCCUCAUGCAAAACCAUGGAAAGGAUUUACAGCUACCACAGAAGUCAGGUCUAUGGGACAAACAUUCCCUCAGAGCCAAGUUGGAUCAGUCACCUUGUGGUUUGCGCUACAUUUAUAAGCGGGUUGUCUUGAACAUUACUGAUGCCCAAGACUCUUUUUCCAGAGCAAAAGGCCAAUGGAAGCAUGUCAAGACAUUACUGUGCAGCAGGCUAUCGCCUGAAAAUAGAUGCCUCUCCAACAGGACAUGAAUGUACCAAUGAUUGGGCUUGAAAGAGGGCAUUUUGUCUAAACACUAUUCUUUACUGUCAUAAAAAGCCCUCCCUAGCUAAAUGCACUCGUAUGUGGCCCGUUCCCUUACCGAGCCAAAGAAUGACCUGCUAGUUAUGAAUUUUCUCCCCAUGCACUAAACGCAUAGCUCUUGCUUCCCAGGUCACCCCAACAUCUUUUGUUCCGCAAAAAACUGCUAAAGAUACAAGGAAUACAAAGAUGCACUGCAUAUACUCACACUAGACCCAGUGGACUACAUGUUGGUGACUGACUGCAUUAGAAAAAAUAAGAUUUAGUGACCCAUCUUCACAGCAGAAUUGCCAUCAAAUUCUGAUGCAAGAUCAAACUGCCUUAGGACAUGGAGCUGCUACAUGUACUAUAGUCAUAGACCUUUGUAUCAGCUCAAGCACAGAACCCUGAGGAAUCCCACCACUGCCACCGUUUACUGUAGCACAAAUAAUAGGAACACAAAAAUAUCUAGUUUGCAGAUUUUUUUUAUUUUUUAUUUAUUUUUUAAUUCUUCCAUACAUUUUCAGCCACUUAUCCGGGGUCGGGUCACGAAGGCAUUAGCCCAAGGAGGGAGGCCCAGACUUCCCUUUCCCCAGCCAAUUGGGCUAGGUCAUCCGGGGAAUCCUAAGGCGUUCCCUCACCAGCCGUGAGACAUAGUCUCCCCAGCGUGUCCUGGGUCUUUCUAUAGUUCUUCUCCCAGUUGGACGUACCCGGAAAACCUCACGAGGGAGGCAUCCUAACUAAAUGCCCGAGCCACCUCAGCUGGCUCCUCUCGAUGUGAAAGAGUAAACGGAUCUUCUCCGAGCUCCUCCUGGAUGACCGAGAUUCUCACCCUAUCUCUACGGGAGAGCCCAGCCACCAUGCGGAGAAAACUCAUUUUGGCCGCUUGUAUCCGUGAUCUCAUUCUUUCGGUCACAACCCAAAGCUCGUGACCAUACGUGAGGCUUUGAACGUUGAUUUUAUUUUUUUUAUAAAUUUAAUAUAAGGAACUGUUCAUCAGAAAUGCUUAAAAAGUGACAUAACUUUUCAUGGCAGAGUACAUCUCUCUGAAGAUGGUGAGAGUGUGUAUUCAUAAAACUUCAUUAAACAUGCGAGACACAAGCUUUGCCAGAUCUGUAUGAAAUAGCAGUUUUGCGUGGUUUCAGAAUGUGAUCAGACAUGAUCUGCAUGACAGUUCUGCGGUGCUGACUGAAAUCCUGUCACUAAAUGGUUUAUUUUUCCAUCAAAAUAUUCCUAUAUUUGUCUUCCUAGAAAUCACAUUUAUGGCAAGAAUUUCCAUCCAUCAGGUGUCAAUAAGUGAGUUGUGUUACUCAGCUGCCCCUAAAUCUCUGACUGGAUCAAGGGAUAAUGCUUUUUUAUAACUUAGUUAUUAAAGUCAGUGGACCAGGAAAGGUCAGAUGUGUUUAGCUCUGUGUCUGAGGCGGGAUUUUGAUCUCACAUGAGAGAAGAAACACAUCACCAGCUCACAGGACUUACCUUAGAGUCUGAGCUGUCCAGCAUAGCAAAAAUGACUUCUGUUGUCAAACUGUCCCACAUUCUUGAUGCAAACCUACCCAUCUUCAAGCGCAUAACCUACAUAGCCAGGUUAGCAUUUUGGGGAUAAAACAUCUUGACCAUCCAGUGUGUAUGAGUUGUGUAAAUGUAAUGAAAAGUUGUAAAAAAGAAUUUAAAAAAUUGCAAAUGCAAAAUGUAGUGUUAUACGUGUUUCAUUAAAUGACAGCAAAUGGAAAACAUAUUAAGAAAUAGGUACCAUAUCGUACGAAUUUUAUUGCAAUGGAAAUGUCCGUGUAUCAUAAAAGCGUGAUGUUAUCCCACGCGUCCGAUUUGUAUAUGAUGAUGUAAUUUAAAGAUGAUAUUAUUCUAUUGUAACUGUACAACUGUGUUGAGUUGAAAAUGAGACCUAACUAUGUUGAGACAGUAAAAAGGUGUAUAUGUAAAUGCAUUUUUAUGUUGAUCUCUUCCUUAUGCACACAUGGGGCUGCAGCUCACAAUGUGAAAACCCCAUUUAGUGGUCCAGAAGAUGUGUGUUCAUAGUUAGUGAUGUACUUUUAUCUCCUAACUGGUGUAGUGCCUGUUCAUCUUGGUGUAACAAGACGUUCAUUUAAAUAUGCAUAAAAGGUGAUUUUGAUCACCGGUAAUAAUGACAACAGUUAUAUAAAAAAAACACUCCAAACAAAUUUGCUGUGAUGGUGUCAGUAUGGAAAUAUUGGUUUGGAAGGGAAACAAGGUUGUUGAAAAAAAAAAGUUCUGUCUGUGUGUUUUUUGUAUGUGAUUUUCUUUGUUGUCUUUAUUAAAAAGACACUUUGUCUGAAUGUAAACCCCAAGCAGAAAUGCAAAGAUGGGCUCAUUUAACGAGAUGAGUUUUAUAAAAAGUAUUAUUUUUAACCCGUUUUCCAAACAAAGUUGAUGCUUGCAAAUACAGUAAACAUAUCUGGUAUUGUUGCGUAAAAUUAUAAAGUAAUAUAAAAACUGGAUAAAGGCACAAUACCUGUGACCUUUAGUCAUUAGCUAAAUUUAUUUCUGAACACCGCAAAGGCCAUCACUGAGCCAAUUUGGUAACUAAAAAUAAGUUUAACAUGACACUCAAAAAUUGGUGUUUGUUCAAAUAUAAACUUAAAGAUGACUCAGAUUGACCCACAGCUCAAUGCUGAACAAACAUGAGAACUAAACCUAGCAGAAAUCAUGUAAAAACCUACGAGCAAACCCCCAGGUUAAGAGCCCAUGUGUAAAUGGAUGCAGAUAAGGAGGAUUUAUAUGCUGUUGCUAGAAACACUCAGUUGUAGCCUGUCACACACACACAUACACAAGAGAAAUGUCUGUGCCACUGCAAAAAUAAAUAAUUAUGCUUCACUGAGAUGGAAAACAUUAUUGGGAGAUGAUUAUUAUUAUUAUUUUAAAAGCCAUAUUCACAAAAACAGCACAAUUGGCGGUGAUCUGCCUUAAAUCUCACCAACCACCAGGCCUUUUGUCUGCAGUCAAUUAAUGCAAUCAAGAGCUUGCAGACUGCUACACCACCCCAGCUUGGUCAAUAUAGAAUGGAGAUGGGCACAACAAUUUUAUCAACAAUAUUAAUAGUUUCUGCUAUUUCUUUAAAGAAACCUAUUAUAACUUAAAAAUAUAAAUUUAUUUGAUUGUUCAAUACAAUAUGUUCAUGAAGUUCUAGAAUUUCUCACACAUAAAGUGAUCUCAGCGAUUUUAUGGUUUACAGUUUCAGUACCUUCCAGAAUGAGCCCUUUCAUGGCUCUGUCACUUUAAGAAAACAAGCCGGAGCUGGCCACGCCCACCCAUCUCCCAUUCAGGCUGCUUAAAGCUGAAAAACGGGCUCCGAGUGCAGGGCACUCAGACUUUGCUUGAGAUGAAUGUGAGCUGUGAGCAGUAAUCUGGCUGUGAUUCCUGAACUCACACGCAGGAUGGAUUUGAUCAUGGAGAACGCUACUGCACUAUGUGGUGGAAAUUAAACUCCAUUAUACGGCUGUUUGUACACCCUUGAGAUCAGCAAGACAGAAGGCAGUGAGGAAAUGUUAUCUGUAGCCUGGCCUGCCAGACUCGUCCUCUGUUUAAUUCUGAACAGAGAAAGAGUCUGGUAACUCACAGGCAGAGAAGCACAUGAGGGGCGGGACCAGGCAGCCCAAAAAUAACCAAUCAGAUAAAAGACGGAAAUGCAGACUGUACCGCGCAACGCUGUAGUUUUUUAGCUGUAGUCAAAAAAGGCGUCUGGCAACGGCGCAAACAUCUUUUUUUUUAGAAGAAAGACUUUCAGAGCUUCUACUGGUUGUGGUUUUAACGACACUUAAGACAUUUAGAACAGAGGAAUGAGCCACAGCAAACUCCGCCGCCGUCUUCAUUGCUUAUGAGAAACUGAGCGUUGCAGUGUGUGACGUCUGCGAUGCUGUAGUUUUCUAGCUGUAGUCAAAAAUCGCAUCUGGCGACAGCGCAAACAUCUUUCUUUAGAAUUAAGUCUUUUAGUGCUUCUACUUGUGGUUUUAAAGACAUGUCCAAGUAAUUCAGAGCAGAGGAAAGAGUUGGAGUUAUGUUUGACAAACUCGGAGUUAUGGUGUGUGACGUACGCUACUCAGCGCUGAUUGGCUCAGUUAGAAUUCUCAGGGGGUGGAGUUAUUUGAAUAGGAGAGUUCCCAGACCCUUUCCCUGAGCAGAAUUAAACAGAGGAGGAGUCUGGCAGGCCAGGGUAUCUUAUCUCUGUCCUGGUCCAAAACAAUUCAUGUCAACUAAAUCUGGCUCUCCUCGCUUUAAGGCCCUGUCCACACGUAGCCGGGGAUCUGCCAAAACGUAGAUAUUUUUCUACGUUUUGGCCUGUCAUCCACACGAAAACGGAGUUUUUUCACACGAAAACGGAUCUUUUUAAAAACUCCGGCCAAAGUGAAGAUCUGCGUUUUCUCCGUUUUGGGUGUCUGCGUGUGGACAGACAAAACCGGAGUUUUAAGGUCCGCAACAAAAAAAUGCUGACAUCACGUGUGCGACCUGUGUUUACACUAGCCGACAGCAUGGAUGCCCUCAGAGCUGCGCUCGCUUUAUCAAUUGUCCAAGCGCUUUUUGCUUGUUUGUUUUUGCAAGCGGAAUUACUGCUCCUUGCGGAAGACCACAGACGAAGGACGAGGUUAAGAACGGGGGAAGUACUGCCGCCUACAGGUCUGGCAUGUCCUUAACAACGUAUUUAUCCGGGUACGUGUGGACCAUGGUGUGGACAGUUUUUUUUAAACGAGGUGGUGUGGGUGCAAGUUUUUGGAGGGGCGGAUAUUCGUUUAAAAAAAACGGCUACGUGUGGACUAGGCCUAACUUUGUCUGAAAAACUCAAGACUCCCUGAGAAAUGAUUACAGGUCUGCCCUCACAAACCCACUCCUGACGUGGAACUGUAUGUGCGUUUGAAUUUGAGGCAUUUUACAGCUGGAGGGUAACUUUGCUGGUGUCCUGUGUCAUAGUGACAGUUCCUUCCUGGUCUGCAAUGUGUAAGUGUGUCCAAAACUGGAGAAAGGUUGGAUAUCUGUUUUCCUGCCACAGCAGAUAGACACACAGAUGGAUAAAUUGUCCAAGAUUAAAAACAGUCCACAGAUCAAGAAUUUAACUUUCAGUGAUAAUUUAAUCUUACAAACAUUCAUCAAACAUAAAUGAGUUUUCAUCUGUUUGCAACUCCUCACUUGCAUACAUGUGCUGCUGUGGGAGUCGAAUGCCAACUGAUUCACCCCACAUUCUGGCCAGUGGAAACUUCAGACGCCACACAAAGAAAAUAACACACUUCUUGUGUGACAACAAUGACCACGUCUGACAGCAAGAAUAAAAACAAACAUGCAUCAUCAAUCAGAUCAUCAGCAGAAAACAGUUUACUGUUCAAAUUGUGAGCCAAAGGAGUCCCUAUUGUCAUUUUAGCUGGUCUGUCACAUCUCAACACCCCUGAUGUUUACACUGUUACUAAGGCUCAAGGCGUUUUUUUGAUGACCUGGUCCAACACGUGAUGUCCUUGUAUUAAACACAUUCAACAAAACCAGCAGUCAGAGCGGAAAAUGGAGAAUCAGUUGGCAAAAUUAAUGGCUUUUAACUCCAAAGUCUCUUUUCCACAUUGCGCAAUCCACACACGUCUACACACAAAGCUUUCAAAACACUCAUUCUGCUCACCACAAUUCCAUGUGCUUGAUUUUCAACUAAAUUUAAAAAAAAAAUUUAAAGAAAUCUAAAAAAAAAAAAAAAAAAAAAAAAAAACAA